UUGAAAAACCGAUAAAUACUUUUGUUGUAAGCGCCAAACGGUGUGUUAACAUGUGUAUCUAGCUAAAUAUGUAUUUUAUGUACACGAGUUUACAUAAAUAACAAACGCGUCUAACCACUGAUCUACUUAGUAGAAUUUUAAUUCGCUCUUAGCAGAUUCAAUUGUUUUGAUUACUUAUAAUUUAGUGUUAAUAAUGGCUCUAUACUCUUGCAAAUGUUUAAAUAUAGUAGUAGAAUGUGAUAAAGUAGAAGACGUUACCGACACAGAAAAACUGGAGUUAUCUACGGAGGAACAAAGGGACUUAUUUUUCAGUGAGAAAUUGACAUCAUGUCUUGCGAACAUGCUAAAAUGCCAUGUAGUUCAAGCAGCACUUAUUGGAAAUACUUUGAUUGGUCGCUUCAACAUGCAGUCUUGUCUCGCUUGUGGACAGACAACUCAUGCAAUCUUUCAGGAAAAAAGUGUUAUUCUUAUUAAAAAAUCUAUGCAAACUACGGAACAGGAAAUAAACAAUCUUAAAAAAUCAAGUAACUUCUCCCCAGUAUUUAAUUUGCUAGUGCCAGAAAUAACAAAUGAUGUUGAAAUGAAAGAAAACAUUGAUACAAAUAACUAUCAGUUCACCGAUAGAAAUGGCACUCAACCUUCUACACAGUUGAUAGGAACUCUUAAGAAGCAGCUAAACCAAACAUUAAAGACACACCUCGAUGAGAUAGAGGAAGCGGUGAAUCAGUUUAGAGAACAAAAGCUAGCAGAGUAUGAAGCUUACAGAGAGAGAGCACACAGGGAUCACAAAAUUUUAUCUAGUAUUCUAAGCAGAUCAAAUAGUAAUGUUGAUAAUGACAAUUGGACAAACUAUUCAAAUGUGGACAAUGGCCCUCCUACACUUCUUAACUCAAUUCAAAGAAGGAGACUGUCUUCUAUUAAAGAUUCCAGAAAAAUUCCACAAAUUCGGGCAAAUCCACCUAUUCCUCAUGAGGAAGAUUCCUUAGAUGCAGAAGAUAUAUUUGAUUUAGAAGGCACUCACUCCCGAAACAACAUGGUCUCUGAUCAAGAUGAUUAUGAUUCAGAUGACGGCAGCAACGAUGAGGGUAUUCACAUCGAGCGGGCACGCGGCGGCGGCGGCGCGCGCGGUGACGUGGCGCACUCCCUGCCCAUCUCCAUGCCCACCUUCCCCAACCAGCGCCCGUCUGUCAGGGACUAUGAUGACUAUGAGGAGACUCAGGAUAUAGCGGCGAGCAUCAAGGCCCUCGCCCGCUCCGUGCACGGCGACGUGUACGAGCUGCCUCGUCCGCGCUUCUCCACGCAGAUCUAGCGGCCCUCGCCGAUCCUGGCGUCGCCCCUCCCCUCGCCACGUAGGCCAAGCCCAUCACACCAGUCGCCACAUUCGGUACCGCCCCUACGGUCGAUAGGCUCGUCGCCACAGCUUCCACGAUCAGUCCCGCCCAAAUCCUACUAUCCGACCGAUACGUCCCAUUUAUCCGAAACGCCCCACCGGUCGCCACAAUCGCCCCCGGACGAUGAUUCCUGCCGGUCACCUUGUUCCUCCCCGCCCGACCGGUUUCCCCUCCUGGCCCGGUGCUCGCGGCCGGUGGUGCAGACCCCGCCGCGGCCGGGGACGCCCUGGCCGUCGCCACCGGAUUCGCCGCGCGCCCUCCCCCCGUGCCUCCCGCCCGUCCGACUCGUACUGCCGGGUCCGCUGGCCCUGCCCCUCCCGCCGCAGCUCUCGCCCCGCCACGCCCCGCUCCGCCCCCCCGACCGCGUGCUCCUGUCGACCAUCCACACGUCCGUCAUCAUAUGCCUAUGUGAGUUUAUUUGUUUGUGUCUCUUUCGCGCUUUGAGCGAGUUCGAGUAAUUUUUUUACAUCCAGCAUAAUCUUAAUCUGGGCGACAGAAACGAAAAAAAGUCUUAGGUGUAAUUAAUUUGAAGAUAUUGCAUGUCAAUAAAUAGUCGUCUUAACUGCACCUUCUAAUCUUCAUAAUAUUUGUGGUCGACUGGCGUCAGCCUACGUGCUUUUGGCGUCGUCGGUGAACAUUUUAUGUGUAUUUGACGUUAAAACGUGUUAAUUGUUUAGUUUAGCGUAGGGAUCGUCAAUAUAUUGUAUGUAACUCAUCCCGAUACUGUGUGCUCGUAUGAAUGCCUACACAUUGGUGCUUCUUAUGUGAUCAGUGACCCUAACGAAACGCUACCUACAGUCACGAGUAUUCAAAUGAAUAUGGAUUUAUUAUUUUCGUCAAAAUGUGGACCAAGCGUCAAUAUUUUGCGGACGAACAUUAGUUCGCAUAUAAUUAGUAUUUUGGUGAUUUGCCACGUAUUUUGGUACUAGUGACUGAAUGUAGCAUAGUACAGGCUUGCUUCAUUUUCUAUACAUUAUAGCUUAAACUUUGCCGCAGUCUUAAGAGUCCUAAGAUAAUAAUUGUAGCUGGCAGAGAAAUACGUCGAUGUAAUUCGUAAGUCUCAGUUUAAAAUGUAAGCAGUCACUACUAUAGUUUAUAGGCUUUAACGUUAACAGUAAAAGGGAAUAUACAAGCCAAAUAUUGAAUAGAUGGUAUAUAACGCAAUAUAAAUCUUCCUCAUGGCCGAAUUUAUAAUGUUUAAUAACUCUACUAUGUUUAACAUCUGUAGGUAUAUUAUACGCUCGCGUUGUAAGGGCCUGUCCGCACUGCGAAUUUUGACCGCGUAAUAUUAAAUCGCUCGAAUAUAUUAAUAUAUUUUUUUCAUCCGCAGUGCGGGUACUCCUAAAAGAUUCAAUGUGUAACAGAAUUGCGA